GGCGGACGUCAUGUUGGAUCAGAGAGUGCACCUGAGGCGUCCUGGCUGCGCCUAGAAAACAGUCCGGCUGGCGCCGGGGUUUUCUAAAGCGGAAACGUUUAGCGGUGAACGUGGAGAAAAGUAUGUUCUGAGGAACUACGAUUUUGUAGAGCGAGGCACGAGUGUCUUGCCCUUUUCCAAGAUGGCGGAGCGGCUUCUCUGAAUGUCUUGCUUCCGCUUGCCUGCCGGAGGAGGCGCUUUUUGAUUGGCCCGUGGACGGCGCCGGGAGUGACGCACAGAGACGCUGACCAAUCGACUUAGAGCUGAGCUGGACUUGGCGGUGGGAGCUGCUGCCGGUCUCUUGUAGGUGCUGACGGCUGCCAGGUGGACGGCUACGGCCAGUUUCUUUUUAGACUAUGGCAACGUAUCUGGAGUUCAUUCAGCAGAAUGAAGAACGAGAUGGUGUGCGUUUCAGUUGGAAUGUGUGGCCUUCUAGCCGUCUCGAGGCUACAAGAAUGGUUGUACCUCUGGCUUGUCUCCUUACACCUUUGAAAGAACGUCUAGACCUGCCCCCUGUACAGUAUGAACCUGUGCUGUGCAGCAGGCCAACUUGCAAAGCCAUUCUCAACCCACUUUGUCAAGUUGAUUAUCGGGCAAAACUUUGGGCCUGUAAUUUCUGUUUCCAAAGAAAUCAGUUUCCUCCAGCUUACACAGGCAUAUCUGAGGUGAAUCAGCCUGCUGAAUUGAUGCCCCAGUUUUCUACAAUUGAGUACAUGAUACAGCGAGGUCCACAGUCUCCUCUAGUCUUCCUCUAUGUGGUCGACACAUGCCUAGAAGAAGAGGACCUUCAAGCACUCAAAGAAUCUCUACAAAUGUCUCUGAGUCUCCUUCCGCCAGACGCUCUGGUGGGUUUGAUCACGUUUGGGAGGAUGGUGCAGGUUCAUGAACUCAGCUGUGAAGGAAUCUCCAAAAGUUAUGUCUUCCGAGGGACCAAGGAUUUAACUGCAAAGCAGAUACAGGAUAUGCUUGGCCUGACCAAGCCUGCCAUGCCCAUGCAACAGGCAAGACCUGCUCAACCACAGGAGCACCCUUUUGUUUCGAGCAGGUUUCUGCAGCCUGUUCACAAGAUUGACAUGAACCUCACUGACCUUCUGGGGGAGCUGCAGAGGGACCCAUGGCCCGUAAAUCAGGGGAAGAGACCUUUGCGAUCCACUGGUGUUGCCUUGUCUAUUGCUGUUGGCUUGUUGGAGGGCACUUUUCCAAACACCGGAGCCAGGAUUAUGUUGUUUACAGGGGGUCCCCCCACCCAAGGACCUGGAAUGGUGGUUGGAGAUGAAUUAAAGGUUCCUAUUCGUUCCUGGCAUGAUAUUGAGAAAGAUAAUGCACGAUUUAUGAAGAAAGCAACCAAGCACUAUGAAAUGCUUGCUAAUAGAACUGCUACAAAUGGCCACUGCAUUGAUAUUUAUGCUUGUGCCCUUGAUCAAACCGGACUUUUGGAGAUGAAAUGCUGUGCAAAUAUUACUGGAGGCUACAUGGUGAUGGGAGAUUCUUUCAACACAUCUCUCUUCAAGCAGACAUUCCAAAGAAUUUUUAGUAAAGACUUUAAUGGAGAUUUCCGAAUGGCAUUUGGUGCUACUUUAGAAGUAAAGACCUCUCGGGAACUGAAGAUCGCAGGAGCCAUUGGUCCUUGUGUAUCUCUGAAUGUGAAAGGACCGUGUGUGUCAGAAAAUGAGCUUGGUGUCGGUGGCACGAGUCAGUGGAAAAUCUGUGCCCUGGAUGCCACAUCUACACUUGGCAUUUACUUUGAAGUAGUCAAUCAGCACAACGCCCCGAUCCCCCAAGGAGGCCGAGGUGCCAUCCAGUUUGUCACGCAGUAUCAACACUCCAGCACCCAGAGACGCAUCCGUGUGACUACCAUUGCCCGAAAUUGGGCAGAUGCACAGAGUCAGUUCAAACACAUAGAAGCAGCAUUUGACCAGGAGGCUGCAGCGGUCUUGAUGGCCCGGCUGGGAGUCUUCCGAGCAGAGUCAGAGGAGGGGCCUGAUAUACUCCGGUGGCUGGACCGACAGCUCAUUCGACUGUGUCAGAAGUUUGGACAGUAUAACAAGGAAGAUCCCACUUCUUUUAGGUUAUCAGAUUCCUUCUCUCUGUAUCCUCAGUUCAUGUUCCACCUGAGGAGAUCUCCGUUUCUUCAGGUGUUUAACAACAGUCCCGAUGAGUCGUCGUACUACCGACACCAUUUUGCCAGACAGGAUCUGACCCAGUCCCUCAUCAUGAUCCAGCCCAUUCUCUACUCCUAUUCGUUCCAUGGGCCACCAGAGCCAGUACUGUUGGACAGCAGCAGCAUUCUAGCUGACAGAAUUUUGCUGAUGGAUACUUUCUUCCAAAUUGUCAUUUAUCUUGGUGAGACCAUAGCCCAGUGGCGUAAAGCUGGGUACCAGGACAUGCCUGAAUAUGAAAACUUCAAGCACCUUCUGCAGGCACCAGUGGAUGAUGCUCAAGAAAUUCUGCAAGCGCGCUUCCCAAUGCCACGUUACAUUAACACAGAGCAUGGAGGCAGUCAGGCUCGCUUCCUUUUGUCCAAAGUGAACCCAUCUCAGACGCACAAUAACCUAUAUGCUUGGGGACAGGAGACGGGAGCACCCAUCCUAACUGACGACGUUAGCUUGCAGGUAUUCAUGGAUCAUUUGAAGAAGCUGGCUGUCUCUAGUGCCUCUUAAGCUGGGCACGUGAGCUGGAAAUUAAAGAAAACACUGUCCAUUGUGUUCAUUGUUGUUUAUAAAAGCUUAAUAGCAUUCCUUUUACUUUUCUUGUGGAUUUAAAUAAAUAAUCAAAGGAAGUGUUGUAUGUAACUCUUUAUAAUUUAUUUGUAUUAUCCGUGCCUCUUUUCUUGCAUUAUAAAAUUAUAACGUCAUACAUGUUUUGGUACUUAUAAAUGUUUAUAUGCUUUUUGUAUUCUAACUUUACAGUCUAUAUAAAAUCAAAGGUAAUUAUUUUGGCAACCUGUUUUGGUGAAAACCAUAAUGGUCAGAAAGGAAAUAAAUUUGAAUGACUAAAGAAAGCACUGGCUAAAAUAAUGCUAAUACAAAUUUGAUUUCCUGAUGUCUGUGUGUGUAUGUGUAUUUUUUAAGUGACAGCCCCAAAAGAUAUUUCCUAUGCUUAAUCCUCAUUUUCUGUCUGUUAACAGACAAAGGAAAAGUUUGAAAUAAGUGAAGCUUUGUUGAGGUAGAGUGGUCUAGAGUGGCACUGUCCCUCAUUCACAACAUUCCCUAUAAACAGGCCUGCCUAGGUAGACAUAAGGAGUGGCUCUAAUAGAGUGACAACACUUUAUCCUGGGCACAAGUAAAAUAAUUUGAACAGGUACUGCUUUUAACCAGUUAACUGCCAUGCGUCCAAAACAAACCAUCCCCACACGCCACGAUAUUUUGAAUUUAAUUUAAAAAAUCACCCGACUCCGGAGUUGAAUAAAGGAUGUCAUCUUCUUGCGAGGUGCUUGGUUCAAUUAUUUCUUCAUCUGAUGCCAUUUAUGGGGAUUGAAUUUUAUUUGCACAAUAUAACAUAUUACAACAAUAAAUUCAAUGAUGAAACAAUAAUUUUCAAUUCUACAGAAAUAUCAACAAAAGCCAGUGCAAAAUAAA